UUCCCUCUUGGUUGCGCACUUGCGGUGAUAGCCCUACCUGCGACAACGUACAUAUACCGCGUCACCAUACUUUCUCAGAACAGAACAUAACAAGACAUCACAUCACAUAUCCACGUCAUCUUCAAUCCAGCCAAAAUGAAGUUCAACGCCCUGCUCUCCUCCGUCCUCUGCGUGGCCGCCUCCCAGCUCGUCGCUGCGGAUAUCGACACCACCAGCACCUCGACGGUAACCAACUACAUCACCCGCACCCUGGUCCACGUCGACGAGGUCAAGCCCACCACCAGCAGCGUGGUCUCGUCCUCCUCGACCUCCUCUGUGCCCGUCAUCCCGACCCACGCCAUCCCCAGCAUCCGGGUCCAGGCCAGCUCUGCCGCCGUCAGCUCCUCCGCGCCGGCUUCGAGCUCGUUCGCCUCGGUCACCGUGACGGCCAGCGCCUCCGGCAGCCCCUCCGGCAGCCCCUCCGGCUCUGCCGCCGCCUCUGCUUCUCACUCCGCCAGCCUCGACUCGGGCGCCGGCAGCAUCGACGCCAGGAUGCCCGUCGCGCUCGUCGCCGGAUCCAUUGCUCUUCUCCUGGGCGCUCUGUAAAGAACCACCACACUGCUAGCUUCAGCUUCAACUUGUCAACGCCGCCCCCAUCCCCUUCCACGCGUGAGACGGUCAGACGGCCACUUGACUCUCCUCGAACACCCACUCUUCACA